AUGUCCGUUCAGCAGCAGCUGGAGAGGAAGGACAGUCAGAGCAGCUCCCAGCACAGUGUGUGCAGCCAUCGCAGCACCCACACAGACUCACCCAGCCACCCCCCCUCCAACAUGUCCAGUGAGGCCAUGGCCCCCCCUCCGGCCGCACCCACUCAGCCGCUGCCUGGCCUGCCUCCCCUGCCCACCCAGGACCCUGGAGAUGGCACCAUGACCCUCCAGAAGAAGCCAGACCCCUUCAAGAUCUGGGCCCAGUCCAGGAGCAUGUAUGAGAGCAGACGUGAGUAGACUCAAAAUCAAAUACUUCAUUGUGGUUUAUGAUGACAACUUAUAAAGGUAGGUUCAACAAUGCUGCCGAACACAAUUUGAUAUAUGUUUUUUUUUUAUGUCUAAGGCACUGCAUCGCAGUGCUAGAGGCGUUACUACAGACCCGGGUUCAUUCCCAGGCUGCGCCACAACCGGCCGUGGCCGGGAGUCCCAUAGGAUGGCGCACAAUUGGCCCAGCGUCGUCAGGGUUAGGGGAGGGUUUGGCAGGGUGGGCUUUACUUGGCUCAUCGCGCCCUAGCGACUCCUUGUGGCGGGCCAGGUGCCUGCAGGCUGACCCCGGUCACCAGUUGAACGGUGUUUCCUCUGACACAUAGGUGCGGCUGGCUUCCGGGUUAAGCUGGCAGGUGUUAAGGAGCGCGGUUAGGCGGGUCAUGUUUCGGAGGAUGCAUGACUCCACGUUCACCUCUCCCGAGCCCGUUGGGGAGUUGCAGCGAUGAGACAGCGAUGAGGCAAGAUAGUAAUUGAAAUUGGGAGAAAAAAGGGUGGCAAUUUUCUUUUUACACUUUUAUUUUAUUGAUACAGGUACAAACAUUGAGACUUUAGAGUGAAUGAGCCAUGUAUUUGAUCAUCAUGUCUGUUGUUUGGUGGGAAGAGAGGAACUUUUCUAAUUUUUCUGUUCGGAAUAUACUAGAGAGUGUAUGAAUUUGUUGAAAGUGUGUGGGUGUUGCAUUGAAUCCUGUAGGAGAAGCAUUGUUGAGUACUUUGUAGGAACAGCUCAGUGUGUGUGUGUGUGUGUGUGUGUGUGUGUGUGUGUGUGUGUGUGUGUGUGUGUGGUAUGACUCAAACCUGAAUCUAUGACAAAAGGUGUCUCAGAGAGCUUAGUCUCCUUGAAAAACAGACAUGUUUCCUGCUCUGUGGCACUAUCGACAUCUCCCACAAUUGAAGCACCUGCAUUUCCAAACACUCAGAGGUGUGUGUAGGUGUGUGUGUACUGCCUCGCCACCGGAAGAAGGGGUUAGAAAUGAAGGAUCACAUAAAUCCUACCUUGCUGACGGCUCAGAAAUGAAGUAUGGUAUUAUCCAAUGUUGACCCAAGCUUACAUCAUGAGCUAUUUCUGUGUUGCUUGGGCAGGAGUACAGAAGUACAACUGGAGGUUGACUGUGGUUAGUGGAUAAGAGCGUCUGCUAAAUGACGAAAAUGUAAAUGUAAGUGAUAUGCACAACCAUUUGAAAAAAAGAAUGUGAAUGUUUCGGUCAAUAGAUGUUCUCAUCAGCAGAAAACAAGUCUAUUGACCAAAACGUCCAUUUGAUAGUGUGGCGCAUACAAUACUUUUUUCUCUAAGCAUCGGGAGCAAUAGAGUGUACACCCGUUUUCAAUUGUAAAAGCAGAACAUUUGUUCUGAAGGCUCUCCCACAUAUCCUUUGCAAUCACAACUCAGGUCUUCUAUUAUUCAUGUAACGAGUGAAGGAGGGAACCACCCCACUUAUUUACUCUAUUCUCUUGAGAGAAAUGGUUUGUUCUCCAAUACAUGACUCCUCGAGAAAAACUGUUAUUCUAUAUUAAAGAGUAAUUUACAUUGCAACUUAUACAUUAAGACUGACUGGGGGACAAUCAAACAGAACUUACUGUAAUAGGAAUGUUGUUGUUUUUCUCGAUUGACAUUUGCAAUUCAUAAGCGGUAGGCCGUUGCGUGUCUGACGUCAACAAUAAUGUGCUUACACACUUCAGAAGAAUAUGCACAUUACGUGUGCACGUGCAGCUUGUGUGUUUGUGUGUUCGUGUGUGUGUUAAUGGUAUCCUUUUGGGCUGAAGUGUGUAUGCAUGCAGGGUUGGGUAGGUUACUUUCUAAAUGUAAUCCAUCACAGUUACUAGUUACCUGUCCAAAAUUGUAAUCAGUAAUGUAAUUUUUGGUUACCCAAACUCAGUAACGUAAUCUGAUCAUUUUUUGUUGUUGUAUUGCUUUCCCUUUAAGAGGCAUUAGAAGAAGACCAAAAGGAUCCAUCAAAUACAUUUGGUGUGUCAUCAUAGUGGUCUCUGAUUUAUGGUCAGACUCACUCAGGUGGAACAAACCUAAACUUGCACCUUUUUUCAAUGCUGAAUUGAAUGUCAUUGAGAAAACAGAAAGGGGUCAAUGUAUCAUUUUUUCUACAAACUUCCUUUUCUACAUUUCUAAAGUCAUCCAAUAAGUAAUCAACUAGUUUCUAAAAAGUAUCUGUAAUCUGACAAAAAAAUAAAUACAAAAUCUGGUAACGUAACUGAUUACACAUAGUUUUGUGUGUGUAAUCGGAUCACAUGUAACUGAUUAAUGUAAUCGGUUACUCCCCAACCAUAUAUGAACGUCAGUGACUAUUGCUAGUUGCCAACCAGCCCCAGCCUGGUCGUGUGUGUGUGUUAGAAGGCGCUGGCGGUGUUGCAGUUCUGGUUAAUCAGUGUGUAAAGUAGAGCCAGUAGAAUCUAGGUCUGCUGCUGCUGAUUAAAUAUUAACUGGGCUCGUGAGGGCUGCUUUAAGCUCAGCCUGAUUGGUAUAUCUGUUUGAUAAACCCUCAAGGAGCCGCAGCCCUCUGCUGUGGAGCUGAUCUUACUGUUUGAGUGGGCUGGAUUAUUAGAAUGGGUUGGAGUUGGAGAGGGGGAGGGGGAGAGGAAAAGAGAGAUGUUGAGUGUGUGCUGUGUGUUCAUGUAGCAGAUUGUGGACUGAUAUCAGCAUUAUGGUGCUCUGUGGCAUUGGUGGUGCCAGGAGAUAGCUAGGACAGAGACAGGACUGAGACAGGACUAGAGAUGAGACCAUGCUUGGGACCCUCCUGCAGAGAACAUUUUGUCUGACGCUUAGAGGCUGCAUGUGUGUGUGUGUGUGUGUGUGUGUGUGUAAGUGAGAGCUCUGAUCGCUGUGCUAGGGACAGGGAUCAGUGGAGGGCUAAUGACUGAUCCAACACACACACACACACACACAGACCCAGAGCUGAGGGCUAAUGGAGCCUGUGUGGCAGACAGAAGGCGGAUCAGGAGAAAUGGCCCGUGCCCUGUGUUCAGACUGUCCCUGUGGGUGAACAGACUGACACCAAAUCGCCUGUGUCCUCACUAGGGCUGUGGUAGUCAUGACAUUUUGUCAGCCGGUUAUUAUAGUGCAAAAGACUGCCGGUCUCACGGUAAUUGACCGUUAAUUAACAUAAACACGUUUAGCAUCUCCAGGCCUCCACACAUACAAGCAGUUGAUGUGUGCCUUUGGAACAUCUACAUUUAAAAAAGUAUAAUAAAUCAAUUUAAUAUAAACCAUGACAAUAAAUUCAUUAUUUAUUUUAGGAGAGUCUAAAGACACAUUAUGAGAUUAAGAUGUAUUUCUGAAGAACAGAAUAUCAGUUGGUCUACUCUAUGUUAUCUGGCUAUGCACUAUGCCAUAGGCUUGUUUAUUUAGCUGACAAGAUAUGCUUUAGUCCCAUGCUGUUAUUUUAUUUUGUAUGAUUUUAUAGUAAGAAGAAUAUAAUUGAACUUAGCUGAAUAAAAUAAAAAUGAUAUUUUUCCCAUUACGGAGCGAGUGCGCACAUGAAAUCAAAUCAAAUCAAAUUGUAUUUUGUCACAUACAAAUGUAGCGAAAUGCUUGUGGUUUUUUAGCACAUUUUGCGCCGAAUACAACAGGUGUAGACCUUACAGUGAAAUGCUUACUUACAAGCCCUUAACCAAAAAUGCAGUUUCAAGAAAAAUAAGUGUUAAGUAAAAAAUAGAUAGUAAAAAAUGUAAAUAACAAAUAAUUAAAAAGCAGCAGUAAAAUAACAGUAGCGAGACUAUAUACAGGGGGUACCGGUACAGAGUCAAUGUGCGGGGGCUCAGGUUAGUCGAGGUAAUUGAGGUAAUAUGUACAUGUAGGUAGAGUUAAAGUGACUAUGCAUAGAUGAUAAACAGAGAGUAGCAGCAGCGUAAAAGGAGGGGGGGACACUGCAAAUAGUCCGGGUAGCCAUUUGAUUAGCUGUUCAGGAGUCUUAUGGCUUGGGGUAAAAGCUGUUAAGAAGCCUUUUGGACCUAGACUUGGCGCUCCGGUACCGCUUGCCGUGCGGUAACAGAGAGAACAGUCUAUGACUAGGAAGCUUGGCCCCAGUGAUGUACUGGGCCGUACGCACUACCCUCUGUAGUGCCUUGCAGUCGGAGGCCGAGCAGUUGCCAUACCAGUCAGGAUGCAACCAGUCAGGAUGCUCUCGAUGGUGCAGAUGUAGAACCUUUUGACAAUCUGAGGACCCAUGCCAAAUCUUUUCAGUCUCCUGACGGGGAAUAGGUUUUGUCGUACCAUCUUCACAACUGUCUUGGUGUGUUUGGACCAUGAUUGUUGGUGAUGUGGACACCAAGGUACUUGAAGCUCUCAACCUGCUCCACUACAGCCCCAUCGAUGAGAAUGGGGGCGUGCUCGGUCCUCUUAUUUUUCCUGUAGUCCACAAUAAUCUCCUUUGUCUUGAUCACAUUGAGGGAGAGGUUGUUAUCCUGGCACCACACUGCCUAACACUCUUGUGUCGUCUGCAAACUUAAAUAUGGUGUUGGAGUCGUGCCUGGCCGUGCAGUCAUGGGUGAAUAGGGAGUACAGGAGGGGACUGAGCACGCACCCCUGAGGGCCCCCGUGUUGAGGAUCAGCGUGGCAGAUGUGUUGUUACCUACACUUAUCACCUGGGGGCGGCUCGUCAGGAAGUCCAGAAUCCAGUUAAAGAGGGAGGUGUUUAGUCCCAUGGUCCUUAGCUUAGUGAUGAGCUUUGAGGGCACUAUGCUGAGCUGUAGUCAAUGAAUAGCAUUCUCACAUAGGUGUUCCUCUUGUUCAGGUGGGAAAGGGCAGUGUGGAUCUGUUGGGGUGGUAUGCAAAUUAGAGUGGGUCUAGGGUUUCUGGGAUAAUGGUGUUGAUGUGAGCCAUGACCAGCCUUUCAAAGCACUUCAUGGCUACAGACGUGAGUGCUACAGGUCAGUAGUCAUUUAGGCAGGUUACCUACGGGUUCUUGGGCACAGGGACUAUGGUGGUCUGCUUGAAACAUGUUGGUAUUACAGACUCAGUCAGGGACAGGUUGAAAUGGCAGUGAAGACACUUGCCAGUUGGUCAGCGCAUGGUCGGAGUACACGUCCUGGUAAUCCAUCUGGCCCUGCGGCCUUGUGAAUGUCGACCUGUUUAAAGGUCUUACUCACAUCGGCUAUGGAGAGCGUGAUCACACAGUCAUCCAUAACAGCUGAUGCUCUCAUGCAUGCUUCAGUGUUGCUUGCCUCGAAGCGAGAAUUUAAGUAAUUUAGGUUGUCUGGUAGGCUCGUGUCACUGGGCAGCUCGCGGCUGUGCUUCCCUUUGUAGUCUAAAAGUUUGCAAGCCCUGCCACAUCCGACGAGCAUUGGAGCCGGUGUAGUACAAAUAAAUCUUAGGCCUGUAUUGACGCUUUGCCUGUUUGAUGGUUCGUCUGAGGGCAUAGCGGGAUUUCUUAUAAGCGUCUGGGUUAGAGUCCCGCUCCUUGAAAGCGGCAGCUCUACCCUUUAGCUCAGUGUGGAUGUUGCCUGUAAUCCAUGGCUUCUGGUUGGGGUAAGUACGGUCACUGUGGGGACGACGUCAUCGAUGCACUUAUUGAUGAAGCCAGUGACUGAUGUGGUGUACUCCUCCAGUAGCUUAAUUUGGGAAACCAAGUGAAAUCGGUUCAGGAACAAAGAAACAUAUUUCACCAAACUGUUGAUAGUCUGCACACUCGAGAAAGGAUAAAGGGGAGAGAGGAGGAUAUGGAAAUGUAUGGUGGUAAGAUAUUCUGCAUAGCUAAAGGUAAUGUGUCAUCCAAUUAAUUAUGAAAUUUCCUAUUACUAGGCUAUUCAAAAUCAAAUACAAAUUCUCUAAUUGUAGGCUAACUGUAAGCCGCCCUGCUCAAUCAAUGAACCAACAGCAUCGCCUAGGGCUAUACAUUCUCUCCCAGACUCAUGGAUAGAAAUUGUGGACCGUAGCAUAAGGUAACCAGUCCAUCCAGUAUGCAUAAUAAUACAGUCCACACUAAAAGGCUAGAACAAUUAUGUACCAAAGACAUCUUAAAUCAGUUUUGUUUUAUGUUUUUCUGCCAUGCAUAAUAUGCAGUAGGCUAUACAUUGUAUAAAGGCACAAUCAUAAUUUUUAUUUAAACAAAAAAAAAUCCUAUGCAUAUGCGCUCUAAUAUGCAUAUGAGGGUUUUUAAUUAAUCAUCACCUUAGAAAGCGCUGUCCAUUUCAUUGUAUUAGGCUUGGAAACAACAUCCACAACAACCAUGUUUUACACUGUUUCAACCUGCUGUUGAACUUCUGUCUUCAAAUUGAUCAUCACAGUGAGGUGAGUUUUAGAAGUACUAUAGGCCUACUAUUUUGAUGAUAUGUGUUUGAUGGGAUUUUCGAUUGCAUUUGCAUUGAUGUCAGAGUGGUUAGAGGGACAAUAGAGCCCUGAGUACCAGGCCAUUAGGACCCGAUGGUAGAGGCAAGUUGGGUACUACCAAAGCAUGUCCAGAGUGCAUAAAAGGUGAUUACCAUGACUCAACGAUCACGUGGAAUUUUACUACGGUCAUGACUCAUGACUUCCGAUGUGGCAGUAAUAUGGUCAUUGCAACUGCUAUAGUCCUCACACAGCCUGCCACAGCCACGGAGGGCUUACAAACGCGUGUGUGCUGCGUGUGUUUGUGUGUUCCAGAGAGAUGGGGAAAGAGAUAAAGAGGCAGAGAGAGUUAAAAAAGGUCACAUUCACAAAGAGAGCAUUUGCAUCCUGGCAUUUGUUCCUCCUGUCCUGUGGGAGCCAACCCUACACCCGAGAGAAGGAGCCUAAUAUGCCCAGUGAUGCAGAGGAGAGCAGAGAGGAGGGGGUGUAAUAACAAGAUCUUACUUAACUGAAUGUGUAUUGAUUAAUGCAACAGUCAUGCCGUAGAGUUAUCUUUCUGGGUGUCAGGUCCACUCCCUGUUUCAACUCCACUGAGAUCUUGUUGUUGUUGUGUGUUUCAGAGCCAGAUUGCCAGGAGCAGGAGAUCUUCCUGUGGCGGAAGGAUACAGGUUUUGGGUUCCGCAUUCUGGGAGGAAAUGAGCCCGGGGAGCCAGUGAGUAUCUCUCCACCAUUCCUCCACCAUGUCCCUUGUCUGUCACUGUUUAGAUUAGACGUGCCAAGGAAAAGCAAAGGGAUUCUAAAGGGACAUUUUCAUAUUGAAUCACUCCCCUUGCGGCACACCAUUCACUUAGACGACGAAACAUUCCAAAGCAAGACUGGAAACAUAAAACAUUCCUUGUAAUUCCAUCACGUGUUAAACACUAAACAGAGUUAUGAAUGCGUGUUAAUGAAUGCGUGUUAAAAGGGCAGCUAUAGUACUGAACCCUCAAUGGUCAAUUACAGCUUCAUCACUGUAUGUUCAUCACUGUAUGUCAGAGUCCCUGCCUUAGGGCUUUCUUUGUUAAGCUUCAAACACACACACUUUCACAACACUCAUUCUGUGUCAGAUCACAAUCACACUGUGAUGCUCAACCAACUACCAAGCACUGGCAGCCUCUUAGUCUUCCUUCUCUGUUCCAUCUGCAUCACUUUUUCUUUAAUAUGGAGUAGUAAAAAUCUACAGUCUGCUGUCUGUCUGUCUGACUGUGAGAGAUGACUGGUGCUGUGUGUUAGAUAAGGUAGGUCUGCAUGCUGGUCUCAGGAGGUUCAUUUAGACAGCUUGUUAGGGGAAGAAAGGGCCUUACCCAGAAGCCUUUGGUUCUGUGCCAUGUUUUUCUAAGGGACAUGAAGAGAGAAAAGUAGAGAAAAAAGAAUGAAGGCAAAGAGCGAGCGAUAGGGAGAGUGAGAAAUAGAGAGAUGCUGUAGGCAGCAAGCCUACCGCAGAGGUAUUAGCAGUUGUUAUUUGUGCCAAGGAUGCUCCGCGGUACACCCUGUACUCAUUUCCUACAGAAACACACACACACUCACCUCUCCCACACAGUAAGACCAGCACUAUCAAUUCUACAGCCUCAAUAGACUACAAUGGCGGCUUUGGCCUUCUUCAGUUACUACUAACAUGGUCAAAAGGCACCGAGCAUUUUGGAUGGAAUGGAACAUAAAAAAGGGUUUUAUUUCACUGUGCUGUAUUGAACUUGAACUACAAGUGAAGUACAGGGCUAAUGUAUCUGUAUUACGUUUUGUAGAUCUACAUUGGCCACAUAGUGAAGUAUGGUGCAGCAGAUGAGGACGGGCGCCUGCGUUCGGGGGACGAGCUCAUCUCUGUUGAUGGCACGGCGGUGGUGGGGAAGUCUCACCAGCUGGUGGUGCAGCUGAUGCAGCAGGCCGCCAAGCAGGGCCACGUCAACCUCACCGUCCGACGCAAGAGCUCUGGAUACGGAGGUGAGGACAGGUCACAGAGACUACACAGCCAUAUGCACACUCAGCCACACACUCAACAACAGCAGCCGCCUACACUACCCACACAAGCCUGAGACCAAGUGCUUAGCGGCUCAGUUAACUAUCACUAGCCCAUGCCAAAUGUGAGAAAAACGACUUUGCAUGCUGUUUGAAUGUUGUUUGUAUAUUUGCCGAACACCUUUUUUGUAUUGCCCGUCCUCCUUCAUCCCCCCUCCUUCCUCCGUCUCUUCUUCAGUUUCAAAAGGGGAGGGUGACGUGCCCCCGUCCCCUGCCUCGUCCCACCACAGCAGCACCCAGGCACCCUCCCUGACGGAGGGCAAGCGGACCCCCCAGGGCAGCCAGAACUCCCUCAACACGGUCAGCUCCGGCAGUGGCUCCACCAGUGGCAUCGGUAGUGGGGGAGGAGGUGGCUCCGGCAGUGCUGUGGUCACCGCAGCCCUGCAGCCCUAUGACGUGGAGAUCCAACGUGGAGAGAAUGAGGGCUUCGGAUUCGUCAUUGUGUCGUCUGUCUCUAGGCCUGAUGCUGGGACUACUUUGGGUGAGUGGGAUGGGCAAUGCUACGCUGGGCUGUGUUAUGGUGAGCUGGGCUUUGCUACUACCAGAGUGGGCUAUGAUGGGUUUAGUUGGAAUAUUUUGUUCUCAGAUUGGUCUGAGAACCAGUUUUAAUUUGCUAUGGGUUGAGCUGGGUUGAACUGGGUUGAACUGGGGAAUAAUCUGGUAAAAUAUCCUGUAAUCUGGGCAAAGACUGAUUCUUCUGCUUGACUUUACUGUCGUCAUUAGUCUAUAUCUACAGUAUUAACAAUAUUUUCUGAAAAACAACCCUUUAAGGGUUAAUUUACACUUGAAAAGCAUGUAUUAAUAAACAGCCACUUGAAAAGUUCUCAGGUGAUUGAGUAGUAGCUAAGCCUAAUAACCACAGAACACUCCCCCUGAUGUUAUCCAGACAGCCCAUUUCCUUGUGUUAUCAAAAGUCCCUCUCAAAGUUUACAAAGUGAGACAGGGAAAUAGUGAUGCACCAGUGCGUGAAACUGCCUGAGUCUGCCAAGCAGCACUCCAGUAAACACACAACCCUAACAAUGCAUCAACACCACCCGCCACUCAGCGACAUGAUUGAUGUCAUUUCUUCGGGGUGGAAUUACAAUAUUUUGACAGUCACUCCUCAUUGAGUUCCCACCUUCUCUAUGACUAGCAGGGGAGUAGUUUCUGAUGGGAGUGGACUUAAUGGCACAGCCCGAGGUCACAAAAUCCAUAACCAUGAGCUUAGGAAAACAGAAAUCUCUUUAUGUGCCCAGGCGCAUUCACCACCGGGGAUAACUGGCUGGCUGAUGCUUUAUCAAAAACACCAUCAACACCGAUUCAGAGGCAGAAUUGCGACAUGGUCGGUUCUGGCUGAUUCACUCAGCAUGUAAUUGAAGUUGGACUGAGCACAUUCUAUAGUUGUCCAUAAUGUUUAUGUAUGAAGUAAAAAUUGUGAAAUUGGCCCCAUUAAGGUCACUCAGCCGUCAAAGAGGGAUUUUAAGCCGCAGGGCCAGACUGAUUACCAGGAUGCGUACUCAGAGCAUGUACUGACCAGCUGGCAAGUGUCUUCACUGACAUUUUCAACCUCUCCCUGUUUCAAGCAGACUACCAUAGUCCCUGUGCCCAAGAACGGCAAGGUAACCUGCCUAAAUGACUACGGGUCCAUAGCACUCACAUCUGUAGCCAUGAAAUGCUUUGAAAGGUUGGUCAUGGCUCACACCAUCAUCCCAGAAAUCCUGGACGCUCUCCAAUUUGCAUACCGCCCCAACAGAUCCACAGAUCUCUAUUGCACUCCACACUGCCCUUUCCCACCUGGACAAAAGCAACACCAACGUGAGAACAAUGUUCAUUGACUACAGCUCAGCCCUCCAAGCUCAUCACUAAGCUAAGGACCCUGGGACUGAACACCUCGCUCUGGAUCCUGGACUUUCUGACGGGCUGCCCCCAGGUGGUGAGGGAAGGCAACAAUACAUCCGCCACACUGACCAUCAACACGGGGGGCCCUCAGGGGUGUGUGCUUAGUCCCCUACUGUACUCGCUGUUCACCCAUGACUGCAUGGCCGCGCACAACUCCAACACCAUCAUUAAGUUUGCCAACGACACGACGGUACUUGGCCCGAUCACCGACGACGAUGAGACAGCCUAUAGGGAGGAGAUUAGAGACCUGGCUGUGUGGUGCCAGGACAACAACCUCUCCCUCAACGUGAGCAAGACAAAGGAGCUGAUCGUGGACUACGGAAAAAGGAGGGCCGAGCACGCCCCCAUUCACAUCGACGGGGCUGUAGUGGAGGGGUCGAGAGCUUCAAGUUCCUUGGUGUCCACAUCACUAAGGACCUAUCAUGGUCCAAACACACCAACACAGUCGUGAAGAGGGCACGACAACACCUGUUCCCACUCAGGAGGCUGAAAGGAUUUUGCAUGGGACCUUAGAUCCUCAAAAAUGUUUUACAGCUGCACCAUCGAGAGCAUCCUGACUGGUUGCAUCACCGCUUGGUAUGGCAACUGCUCGGCAUCCGACCGCAAGGCGCUACAGAGGGCAGUGCGUACAGCCUAUUACAUCACUGGGGUCGAGCUUCUUGCCUUCCAGGACCUCUAUACCAGGCGGCGUCAAAGGAAGGCCCUACAAAUUGUCAAAGACUCCAGCCACCUAAGUCAUAGACUGUUCUCUCUGCUACCGCACGGCAAGCGGUACCGGAGCACCAGGUCUGGGACCAAAAGGCUCCUUAACAGCUUCUACCCCCAAGCCAUAAGACUGCUGAACAGUUCAUCAAAUGGCUACCCGGACUAUUUGCAAUGACCCCCUUAUUUUGUUAUGAUUUUUUAUAAUUCUUUGCACGGACUCUUGCACAGGCUCAAUGUACACUCACUGGACUCUAGCCACACACCCACACAUACUACACUGACACUCCAACACACACACACACACACAUACAUAUUGAUGCCACACACACACAGAUAUAUUCACAUUCCUUCACACUCUUCACAUAGUCUGCUGCUACUCUCUGUUUAUUAUCUAUGCAUAGUCACUUUACCCAUACCUACAUGUACAGUGGGGAGAACAAGUAUUUGAUACACUGCCGAUUUUGCAGGUUUUCCUACUUACAAAGCAUGUAGAGGUCUGUAAUUUUUAUCAUAGGUACACUUCAACUGUGAGAGACGGAAUCUAAAACAAAAAUCCAGAAAAUCACAUUGUAUGAUUUUUAAGUAAUUAAUUUGCAUUUUAUUGCAUGGCAUAAGUAUUUGAUCACCUACCAAUCAGUAAGAAUUCCGGCUCUCACAGACCUGUUAGUUUUUCUUUAAGAAGCCCUCCUGUUCUCCACUCAUUACCUGGAUUAACUGCACCUGUUUGAACUCAUUACCUGUAUAAAAGACACCUGUCCACACACUCAAUCAAACAGACUCCAACCUCUCCACAAUGGCCAAGACCAGAGAGCUGUGUAAGGACAUCAGGGAUACAAUUGUAGACCUGCACAAGGCUGGGAUGGGCUACAGGACAAUAGGCAAGCAGCUUGGUGAGAAGGCAACAACUGUUGGCGCAAUUAUUAGAAAAUGGAAGAAGUUCAAGAUGACGGUCAAUCACCCUCGGUCUGGGGCUCCAUGCAAGAUCUCACCUUGUGGGGCAUCAAUGAUCAUGAGGAAGGUGAGGGAUCAGCCCAGAACUACACGGCAGGACCUGGUCAAUGACCUGAAGAGAGCUGGGACCACAGUCUCAAAGAAAACCAUUAGUAACACACUACGCCGUCAUGGAUUAAAAUCCUGCAGCGCAUGCAAGGUCCCCCUGCUCAAGCCAGCGCAUGUCCAGGCCCGUCUGAAGUUUGCCAAUGACCAUCUGGAUGAUCCAGAGGAGGAAUGGGAGAAGGUCAUGUGGUAUGAUGAAACAAAAAUAGAGCUUUUUGGUCUAAACUCCACUCGCCGUGUUUGGAUGAAGAAGAAGGAUGAGUACAACCCCAAGAACACCAUCCCAACCGUGAAGCAUGGAGGUGGAAACAUCAUUCUUUGGGGAUGCUUUUCUGCAAAGGGGACAGGACGACUGCACCGUAUUGAGGGGAGGAUGGAUGGGGCCAUGUAUCGCGAGAUCUUGGCCAACAACCUCCUUCCAUCUGUAAGAGCAUUGAAGAUGGGUCGAGGCUGGGUCUUCCAGCAUGACAACGACCCGAAACACACAGCCAGGGCAACUAAGGAGUGGCUCCGUAAGAAGCAUCUCAAGGUCCUGGAGUGGCCUAGCCAGUCUCCAGACCUGAACCCAAUAGAAAAUCUUUGGAGGGAGCUGAAAGUCCAUAAUGCCCAGCGACAGCCCCGAAACCUGAAGGAUCUGGAGAAGGUCUGUAUGGAGGAGUGGGCCAAAAUCCCUGCUGCAGUGUGUGCAAACCUGGUCAAGACCUACAGGAAACGUAUGAUCUCUGUAAUUACAAACAAAGGUUUCUGUACCAAAUAUUAAGUUCUGCUUUUCUGAUAUAUCAAAUACUUAUAUCAUGCAAUAAAAUGCAAAUUAAUUACUUAAAAAUCAUGCAAUGUGAUUUUCUGGUCUCUCACAGUUGAAGUGUACCUAUGAUAAAAAUUACAGACCUCUACAUGCUUUGUAAGUAGGAAAACCUGCAAAAUCGGCAGUGUAUCAAAUACUUGUUCUCCCCACUGUAUAUAUUACUUCAAUUACCUCGACUAACCCGUUGCACAUUGACUCGGUACCGGUACCCCUUGUAUAUAGCCUCGUUAUUGUUAUUUUAUUGUGUUACUAUUUUUCCUUUAGUUUAUUUAGCAAAUGUUUCUUACUUACUUUUUAAAACUCUGCAUUGUUGGUUAAGGGCUCGUAAGUAAGCAUUUCACGGUAAGUUCUACACCUGUUGUAUUCGGCGCAUGUGACAAAUACAAUUGUAUUUGAUUUGAUUUAAAUGUCCUCCUCUGAACAAAUUUGGUAUCAAGUUCCCUCUGAGUUUGCAGCACCAAUAUUGCUCCAAGGUCUCUUUACACAGCCUACCUGAUGACCAGGAAGAUGUAGCAUGGUGUAAAACAUGCUAUAGGGCCUGGAUACUAUCAAAUAUAUGUUUUGUUAGCUACUGUGCAGUGCAAAGGGCCCGGUUCCAUUGAUCCUGUAGGUUAUGGUUGAAGCCCCAUAAAAUAGAAAGUAGAGGUAGAGGAUGUUGAGGUAUCAUUUAUACAAGCAGGAGAUAUCCCACUGAGACUUGAUGUCUUGCUUUAUGGGCGACUUGAAUAUGCUCGUCAGCACUGUCUGCAGCUGGGUCCUCAGACUCAGUGACACUUCUGUCUCUGGUUGUGUCUCAAAUUAUACCCUAUAUUCUCCAUGUAGUGCACUACUUCUGGCCAGACCCCUAUAUUCUCCAUGUAGUGCACUACUUUUAGCCAGACCAGAGCCCUAUGUGGGAAUCGUUUGAGAGUCUCUUCCCAUCUCAUUGUGGGGAUGGGAUGAAUUAAUGUGCUGAUGGGGAUGUUUCUCUACCAAAUCUUCCCCUCCGCUAGCGGAGUUCCAACAUAGAGAUAAUGAGAGGGAAUAUUGAAGGAGGGAAAUUGAUCACAAAUGGAUGGAUGUGCACUAUCUAUGGAUUAUUAGUUUGCCUGAGAGGGCCAUAGAUGUUUGGGUAUUGUAACGGACAAAGUGCUUUCCACUGGCUCUAUCCCUCUCUCAGACAUCAUACUAUGCAAACCCCUUUUCUCCCACCAGCCCAGCCCACCAUUGUGAGCUGCUGUGCGCUGGUGUUGUGUUCAGCAGAUUGGGUAUUACAUCCUGGGUAUUUGUCACACCCAGUAAUGUCCCAUAUCUCAUUAUUUGGAUAGAGUGGCAGGACACAAGUGCAGUUUUUAAUCAAGAAGAAGGGAGGGGAGCUUGGAGCGCAAGGUGAUGUGAUAAAUAUGGAUGUGGGAGGGAGGGAGGGAGGGAGAGAGAAGGGAAGGAGAGAGAGAGAGAGAGAGAGAGAGGGAGAGGGAGGGAGGGGAAGGAGAGGAGAGGAGAGAGAGAGAAAGCUCCCUAGAGUCUGUUCAGAGCUGCUCUGUAAACAAGAUGUGCUGUAUUGAACGCUGUCACUCAGCUUGUACAGCUUGUAUUGCUUUGCUUGCGUAGCACGCAGUAUGCAAACAGUCCCAUGCAAUGCUAGCAUUUCUCUGUCUAUAGCCUCUCUGAUAUAGUGUGCGUUUCUCUCUUGACAUCAGUGAGGAGCCUGAGAUUUCUGAGUGUCAAUCUUUAGGAAUACAUCUCAUUCUCUGAGCCGUUCCAAGGCCCAGAAACCAAACGACACCUCCAGCAUCUAACCACCAGUUCCAGGUGAUUUACGUCCCAUUAUUAACGCAUCAGGGGUGCAGAGGACGACAGCAGAGACAAAGACAGAGCCCAUGAAUUCUUUAAUGACCACACAAUACGAGUCUGUCCACCAAUAGGGAUUUAAGCUGUGUUCCGCAUGCAUGCUCUGUGAUUGCACCCUGUUUCCAGCGCAACGGUUGGCUGGUUCUUGGAUAGUCCUCUCUGGGUGAAUGGCCUAAGUUGGUUUGGAUGAUUAACCCUUUGUUUCAUUUUCUCUCUUUUUUCCUUCUCUCUUUCUUUUCUCAUAAUCAAAUUACGUAAUCAAUAACCAAAUCACACAAACACACACACUACACAUUAUCAUUAGCUGGAAAUGCAUGUGUGGCCAUGCCCCACAAAAUAGGGCGCAUCAUCGAGGGGAGCCCUGCGGACCGCUGUGGGAAGCUGAAGGUGGGCGACCGCAUCUUGUCCGUCAACGGCUGCUCCAUUACCAACAAGUCCCACUCGGACAUCGUCAACCUGAUCAAGGAGGCCGGGAACACAGUCUCUCUGAGGAUCAUUCCUGGUGACGGUAAGACUUUGUGGCUUUCUGCUCUGAGCUGUUUUAUAAUGCAGUAGGGAGGUGACUUAUUCAUGUGCCUAGUGGGAGUCAAUGGGCAUCACUGCUCUGCACUGGCAGAAGCACUUUACAUCAACCUGGGGAGCUAGCUAGCGCUACGAGAGGCCAUGCUCCCUGCCCUGGCUUCGAACUGGGAGAGGGUUGGGACUGUGAAUGAGUAGGAGGAUGAUGCCACUAGAUAUGUAUCUAUAGUCAGUUUUACCUUUCCCCCCUUUUAUGGGUAAGGUUGGAAUAUGGGGAGGGCAAGCUGAUCAGUAUGUGUGUGUUGAUUGUGGUACAGUGUAUGUUAGGCAGACUGAUAAUGUCAUUUUGAUGUACUGCAGUCUGCCAGUUUGGUAAUAGCUGCCAGUUUGAAAUGAAGAGAUUAGAAACUCAGUAAAAUGUGUUUUCUGUGUAAUCACUGCUCCCUGUCAGUGUUAAUCUCCUCAGUCUGGAUGGAACAAGGUGACAGGAAGUGCAUACGUAAUACUUGUUAUGGCAGGAACAGGCUGUGACAGGAAAUUGGUCCAUCCUCAUGAGUAGGCAUGUGUUGAGUUGUGCCAUGUCCCAGAACAACAAUACAACCUGCCACUAGAAUGGCCUGUCAUUGGCUGAGCUGAGAGAUUUGUGGAUCAAUGAGAGGUGUGUGUGUGUGCUAGGUUUGCUGCUCUGCCUCUAAAGGGCCCUCCAGAAAAGCUGGUAAAAUGUAGCUUCAUUAAGAUGGGAGGAGAGCCAGGAGCACAUACACAUACACAUACACAGGAGGAGAGAAUGCAAAACUAGUCAUUAAACAAAGCAUGGCAGUUUGUUUUAACGACCACAAUGAUAGCAUCUAUUUAUAGCCUGCUGUUUUCUCGAAUGGUAAAACAACACACUUGUUGAUAGAAGCCAUGCAGCCACAACCUUCCCCAACUAGACUGUGUAAUUUUGUGUGGCGACGUUUGUUGUUGAACCGUUCAGGUUGUGCUCCCCAUACUGCUUCGUGAUCAUGGGGGAAGGCAGGCAGGGCAAACGGUAGCAAACGAGAGAGGGAUGAAUGAGUCAGGCUGGUGUUCUUGCUAACUUCAGGCAGAACCCCAUUCCAUCUAUAAGGAACCAAUGUGGGCUGCCGUGCUGUGGCUUGUGGUGCAGCACCAUUCUAUUCUCAAGAAGGAAGGACGAUUACCCCUGGAGUUGAAAGAAAAACAGAACGAUGGAAGAAGAGAGACUUGUUUUGAUUUGAUGAUCCUGUGUAGAGUGGAACUGGUGUUGUCUGUGAGCAAAAUGGUAGAUCACAACAUCGUAGGCAGUUACCAUCAGGUUGAACAGAGCAGCCUUGAGGUGAGACUGUGUUUUCUGGAGGGCAAAACUCCUGUAUGGAAAUGUGUUGUCAAAGACCCAGUUACGGCUCAAAAAACAUUGUUUAGCAGAAGAGUGAUUUUAGAGCAGAUUCAUUUGUUUUUUUUCUCUAUGAUAGAAGCCAUCAUACCAGAAUCCAUGUAUUACUCACAGAUUAGAGGUCAUGACCACUACCCAUAUUCCUCUGCUGUGUUUCCACAGAGUCCUCCAACGCAUCUCUGUUGACCAACGCUGAGAAGAUUGCCACCAUCACCACCACGCACACACCCCAAACUGCCACGGAGCCUCGGUUAGUGUCCAUGACGAUCGCAAUCCAUAAACAGGCUUUUUUAAAUAAAAUGUAUAAUACAAUCAAUUGCAUGAAAGAUGACUUCUAUAUGAAUAUGACAUAUUUUCAUAUCUGUGUGUUCGUAUGAAUGAUUACAUUUUCCAGGAACAACUCAAAGUCGAAACAGGCUCCUCCUCCACCUCCUCCAACACAAGCUCAGCCCUCACAGGUAAAGACAGACAUUUUCUAUCGGUCUGUUUCAAUCAAUCACCAGCAUGAAGCAAUCAGUAAAUCAUCACUUCACAAGAACACACAGUGCAGCUUCAACCUUUCAAAUCAUCAAAGCAAUCAAUCAAUGAAUCAGUUAAUCAAUAAAAGAGGGAGGAAGAGGGACAGUACCACAGCCAAACUUUGAUGAGUGCAGUAAGCCUGAGUCCAGCCAUUGCGGUGCCCUUUCUCCGUGAUCUGCACAGGCAGCAAUAAUUAUUCAUUGGUUCCAGGGUGUUGUACCUCCAAUCAAUUUUGUGUGGUGCUUUACAGCUCAGGUGGUAGAGCAUAGCGCUUGUAACGCCAGGGUAGUGGUUUCAAUUCCUGGGACCACCCAUACGUAAACAUUUAUGCACGCAUGACUGUAAGUUGCUUUGGAUAAAAGUGUCUGCCAAGUGGCACAUAUUAUAUUAUUAUGUGAGUUUUUGCUGGAUGUGACUUGAUUAGUCCUGAAGUUAGGGCUCACGUCAUGACACCCCUGUUGGCCCAUGAUUUGUGGGUAUUUGCACAUCCCCCUCCUCUGUAAAUAUGUACUUUUCUGUCUCUCUCUCUCUCUCAGGAUGCCGAGUUCUACUCUGUGGAUCUGGAGCGGGACAGUAAAGGUUUUGGGUUCAGCCUGAGGGGAGGACGGGAAUAUAACAUGGACCUAUAUGUGUUGAGACUGGCUGAGGAUGGGGCAGCUGUCAGGAAUGGCAAGAUGAGGGUAUGCGCCAUGAAAAGAUUAUAUCAACAAUUGGAGGCCUGCCCCUCUAUUGUACUUGGAUUAUAAUAUUUAUGUCAAAUAGACAGUUCAGCUGUCCUGGGUUCAAUUCUCUGGUUGUCUCAAUAAACCUCCCCCCUCCUCUCUCUCUGCACACAAAGGUGGGAGAUGAAAUCCUGGAGAUCAACGGCGAGAGUACAAAGAACAUGAAGCACGCACGCGCCAUCGAGCUGAUCAAGAAUGGUGGCCGGAGGGCACGCCUGGUCCUCAAGAGGGGCGAUGGAUCUGUACCUGAAUAUGGUGGGUGGAGAUGUGAUGUAUGUUCCCUCCAUACUAUGACUAACAUUACUGCCUCUGACUACUAACUAACACUAAAGGCCCCACACACAGGGCGGACUGUAGUCUGCAGUUUCUUGUUGCUGUGAGCAGGAUUUCUCUGAGUGGAGCAAUGCUUGUGUCUUCAGUGUCCCAAUCCAGUGCUUUAGAAUUGAUUAUAUCAUACCAACAUAAGCUUGCAUUAUGUCUUAUAGUCUUUGAUUAACAAAGGAUUUUCUGAAUAUUUUCUAUCCCAGUGAUGUCUGAAUGACAUUUAAUGUUAUUGCUCCUUCAUCAGUGAUUUAUUGGCCAUAGUAUGUAAUGUUCCUUUUGCUAUGUAAAUCAAGUCUUGUUAUCGUCCAAAAACUGUAUGUUCUGCUCACUCUAAUCUGGAAUUGUUUCUCCUUAUUUCUGCUGAAAAAGGUCAAAGGAUCCCACUCAGCCGUCAAUUUGAUAGGUUUUCCUUUUCUGUGCCAGACAGAACUACAUUUCUCUUUCUCUUAUCUCCAUUGAGGAUCUAAGCCCUCUGUUUUCUCUAUUUUUGUUUAUUUUUCUCUCUUUUUCCUCUCCACUUCUUUUCUCUGGGCUCUUCCUCCUCCCUCCAGCGAUGAUGGCUCCUCAUCUCGCUGUUGGUACUAUGAGAAAUGACAAGAUGGGAGAGCCCUGUUUCUACCUAAUGGGCCAAAAUCAGUCCACGGUUUGUAGCCAAGUCUGUUCCAACCCACCCUCCUAACCCUUUACCCUUUACCCUCCACCCCAACAUCUCUUACCUACUUAACCCAUCUCCCUCUACCAUCUUCCCCCCUCUCCCCCUACCUGCACCUCCCUGGGUAUGUGUUUGGUGCUGUGUGGCCUGGCUCACUCCUCAACCUGUACUGUGCUUUCAUGGCCCAUGUGAACCCAUUCACACAGAAUGCACUGCUUCUCCUCCUCCCACCUCUGAAUGGAUUCAUGUCACUGCUCGCCUCCUGCUGCUACCAUAACAACCCCUAAUUGGGCAGAAUCAUGGGCAGAAUGCUCUCCAGUUUUUUUGUUUUGUUUUCUCCUCUGUCAGGCUCUUUGUUUUUCUGUGGUUCCCAUUCCCAAUGAUGAUAAUCGAAUUGUUUAUCAUUUUGCUUUUAACGUCAUAGCUGCUUGUUGUGUCAUUGAUAACACCAGCUCUCCACUUGCAAUGUUUUGCAUCUCUUGUGUUGCUGCCACCUACCUGGACCAACCCAAUGCUCUCAUAGAAAAUAUACUGUAGCAAUUGUUUACUUUGAUGUAAUUUAGUUUGAGGAUCAAAGUAAGUCAUUUGUGUACAAAUUUGAAUAAACUCAUCCUUGAGUUUUUUUUAUUGUCCCAAUUUGCAAACAAGUCACUGUUUAUGGAAGUACAUGGCAGCACAUGGUUUCCAUAAAAAUGGCUGUAUUGACUCAAUACAGACAUAAGCAAUAUCUGUAUUGCUUGUAUCUGUAUUGACACAAGCAAUUUGUGGGAAUUGUCUGAGCUACCAAGCUUAUAUUAUUUAGUUAGCUUAAACUCCAUCCCGUCUGAGAAUGUCUCUCAUGUUCUUCUUUUGUUCUCAUACAGACUCCAGCCAUGACAGGCACUCUCCCACACCCGGGGCACAAAACUCUCCGGAAGUGAGAACCCUGCCACCAAACAGCCGUUAUCACACCUCAUCGGAGUCCAGUUAUCCACCAGACCUUCACAAACCAUCACGCCACAAGGAUGCUGCGCAGGGCCGAGACAGGGACAGGAUGGAGCACCAGGGCCGGCACUUUAACCCCCACCACCAUCACACCUGGAACAACAACCACAGCCACACCACCCCCAGCCAACACUACCCUGAAAUCAGCGGCGGCAACAAUAAGAAGAGCCGGGGCCGCAAAGUCAAGAAGUCAGAGUCAGAGAGCGGCAUCUCAAAACUCUUAAAGACUCUGCGUAAGGACAGCUCUGGGAAGAAGGCUGCUGCUGCAGCAGCGGAGAAAGAACGAGAGUGGGAGCUCUCCGCCAGUACCAGUACUCUAGACCGGAGUUACGGUCGACCACGCCGCGUCUCCCUCGACCGCUCGCCCACCCGUAAACAGAACGCCUCCCCUGACCGACGGCGGGCCAAGUCCAUGGACCGCAGGGCGGAGCGAGCACACCGAGACCGCACACCCGAGAGGGAGUACAAUGACAGAGGGUUCCUCAGUCAUGCAGCUACUCCUGAACGACCACUCUAUGACCGCAGGCUCCUGAGGGAACCGCAGACCCCGGGCCGAGCCUACAUGGAGGCCACCACCCCAGAGCGCCCGAACAAAGGGGCUUCCUCCCUGUCUCUCUCCAGGGGGCGCACUCCCGACAGAGGCAGCCUGAAGAACGGCAACCUCCUGAGGGACUCGUCGGCUGAGACGAGGGAGGAGAGGUACGGGAUGAACGGAACACCAGAGAGACGCUACAGGUCAGAGAGAGACUCGUCUCCAGACAGCAGCUAUAGCAGGGAGGAGCUGAACUACUACAGCACACUGAAGAACAAUGCCUCCACUCACAACCACGCCGGCUACAACAACGCAGGACACCGCAACAACGCAGCAGCAGGACACAGCAAUGCAGUAGGACCAAACAACGCAGUAGGACACAACAACACAGUAGGACACAACAACGCAGUAGGUCGCGCCCCGAACCAGUUCCCCGAGCCUAAGAGAAGGCUUUACAAAGAGAGCCCCAAGGACCUCAGCAUCUGAGUGGACAGAGCCUGGCCCCUGGCCCCUGGCCUCUCACCCCUCAACCUGUCGAGACCACAGUACGUACACUGGAUUUAGACUUCUGAGGAGAUUAACUCAUGUGAUUUAUCCAAUCGCCUGGUUGAUUGAUUCAUUGAUUUGACUACUUGUGAUCCCAGACAGAGAUUCAUACCACAGCAGGAGUACAAUCUUUGUUUUAGUUCAUACUGUAUGUUUUGUUUCUGUUCUUAUUAUUUUGAGCAUAACUGAGGUUGUUAAUACUGUAGUGAAGGUAUGUGUAUGUGCCUAUCAAAUCACAAAUGGUGAUUUAGCAUAUUUUUUGGCAUUUCUGUUUGAAACCUCAGAGGGAACACAUACAGUCGCUAGUGAAAGUCUACACACCCCUUGCA